GGGAAGAUGGCGGCACCGCGGGAGCCGGGCGGGGAGGCGGCGUUCGCGCGGCGCAUCGACCCUGCGCGGGAGCCGGGGCUCAGCCCCGAGCAGCGCCUUCACAUGGCGGAGGUGGAGCGCGCCCAGCGCCAGCGCGCUCUGCAGCGGCGGCUCCGCGGCCGCAACGCGCUGCUGGCCCUCGGCAUCGGCGCGGUGGCGUUUGGCAUCUACGGCUACACCUUCUACUCGGUGUCCCAGGAGCGGUUCCUGGAUGAGCUGGAGCAGGAGGCAGAGGCGGCACGGGCGCGGGCACAGGCGCGGGCCGAGAGCGCAGCGAGCUAAGCAGGGAGGGCCUGGCUCAGCCCGGCCCCAGCGAACCCCGUGAGUGAGCUGCCCCCGCGGAGCAGGAUGGGCCUCAAGCACAGGGGAGUCGCCUGGCCCUGAGCACAGGGCAGCCGCCCUUGUGGGGGUCUGGGCCUGCACGGUGCUCAGUGCGGUCUAGGGAAAUGCACUGGGAGGGCUCCCCUGCAGGCAGCCGCCUUUCUCCUGGAGAGCGAAUAGAGUCCUUGCCAGGGACUUGCUCCUGGGAAGGGCAGGGGUGCCCAGGUGCCCUUCACUUUCCAUAAUAAAUACCCUGUUUGGAGACUGCAUCAGCACCUGUUAUUAAAGCAGCUGGUGGCCAGAGUCCCACUCAGGUGUCUGCUGAGAUGGGGGAAUUUUC